UAGCAGCAACAACACAAGCCCAACUUUUAAAUAGUUCAAGCCCACUAUUCAUUGCCCAUAUGGGCCUCUAACUCAAGUUCAACCUUCUCCUACCUCAGUCACUUCAUCCUGUCAAAAAUGGCGUCUACAGUAGCGAAGCUUAGAAGCAGCCCCAAUUUCAUCAACGGCCUUCGAAGAUUUUCUCACGCAAUAUCCAUACCACCACCACCACUUGAUAGCACCAUUUAUCUCCAGAUAGCUUCAUCACCAUCGUUGGUUUUACCUGAACAUGACAACAACAACAACAUAGGAUUUAUGGUCCCAAAUUCACCUUUUCUUGGAGGGUCUAUGGAGCUAAUGGCUGUUCCUAAGAAAAAGGUUUCCCCUCAUAAGAGAGGCAUAAGAAAUGGACCAAAGGCUCUAAAACCAGUGCCAGUGAUUACGCGGUGCAAGGUCUGCAGUCGAGUCAAAUUACCACAUUUCUUUUGCUGCAGUGGAAUCAAGCCAGGUGAUGAGAAUAGUUCCAACAGUUGAUCAACUUGAAGUGGAGCAUCCAACAUAAUUUCUUCAACUUCAACUUUGUUGUUCUGGUAGAAUCUGUUUUUAUUUGAAAGAAAGAAGUUUAAAUAUGCACCAUGGCUGCACAAUAGCAUAGGCCUCUUGCUGAAGAACCUGUUUUGCAUGUUUAAGUAGCACUAUAUUAGUUUUAUUUCUUCGAAGUCUUCCCUUUGAUUGAUGACGACGACUAGUUCUUGAAAAUCACAAAGCAUUAGAAUUCGGAGACUAGAGCACGUAGCUCUUUCACAUUCAUUACUCCGGAACAAAAAUUCCUGAUGCUCCCCUGAGCGAACAAGCAAGAACAUACAUCAAGAUAUAUCGUCUGUUCUCCGUGACUAUCAGAACUGUUCAUGUACUUUGUGAAGUUGCACCGUUAAGUAUGAAAGUUCCAUAUCUGUAGCAUUCUCAUCACUUUUUGUUUCUU